AUGCAUGGUAUCGUUCCAAUGUAUAGUACUAGGAAGAAAGCCUCGAACAGGAUCUCAUUUGAACAUAUUUCAUUGGAAGACCAAAUUGUUUGUUUAUUCCCAGGGCAAGGUGCACAGUAUGUCGGCAUGGGAAGUAAACUACUCAUCUGUCCAAAAGCAGUGGAAUUAUUCCAUCGCUCUUCGGAAAUUCUUGGAUAUGAUAUUUUGAAGUUAUGCAUGGAAGGUCCAAAAACGAAGUUGGAUCAGACCUUAUACUGUCAGCCAGCGGUAUUUGUUUCAUCACUGGCAGCUCUGGAGAAGUUUAAGGCUAUUGAUGAGUCGUAUGCUGAACGUAUCACCGACGUCGCUGGAUUCAGUGUCGGCGAGUUUGCCGCUCUUGUCGCUGGCGGCAUGCUAUCGUUUGAAGAUGCUCUACGCGUUGUAAUAAUACGAGCCAAGGCGAUGCAUGAGUGCAAUCAGCUGAUUCGUAGCGGAAUGCUAACAGUCAGGGUAAAUGCCUCGUCUCACCUGGACGAAGCCAUGUCUGAGGCCAGAGAACAAUCAAGGUGA